AUGGCCAUGGAUUACAUCACCAAGUGGCCCACAACAUUUGCCAUCCCAGAUCAGAGUGCCACUUCCAGUUCCAGUACCAGUUUGAGGCACCAGGACCGUGUGGCUUCUGCCAUACUGCUGCUUCUGCUCUGGCUGCCUGGAGAAGCAGUGGUGGCUGAGAUGGCAGAGCAGCAGCAGAGCUGUUCACGCUGGGACCAACCUGAGGGGGUCGAUGACCGUGGCAUCUCUCAGGAUGGAGAUGUGGUCAUUGGAGGGCUCUUUGUGGUGCAUAACCAACCACCUACUCCAGACCUGAGCUUUAUUAGGAAGCCUGGUCUAAAACAUUGCUUUGGUUUUCAGAAGCAACCUUACCGCUGGGCCCAUGCUAUGGUAUUUGCUGUUGAGGAGAUAAACAGAAAUCCCUACCUCCUCCCAGGAGUGCGACUUGGCUACCAAAUCUUAGACAACUGUAGCCAAUACCCCUGGUCAUUACGAGCAGUAAUGUCUUUGAUCAGCGGAGGGAAUCAUUCCUGUAAGUCUACUGGACCUGUGCGUGUGAUUAUAGGGGAUGCAUCUUCUACUCAAACUAUCAUGCUGUCCAGGACCCUCAGCCCUCUGCAGGUGCCACUGAUCAGCUAUCAAGCCAGCUGUGCCUGUUUGAGUAAUAGACGAGAGUUCCCCAAUGUCUUCCGCACAAUUCCCAGUGAUGUGUAUCAGGCACGCACCAUGGCCGACCUUGCUCAUCGUUAUGGGUGGACCUGGGUGGGAGCUGUGGUGGUGAAUAACGACUAUGGACUACUGGCAGUGCAAGCCUUCAGAGAGAGGGCACAGGGCACAGGGAUAUGCCUGGCUUUUUUUGAGACGUUAAACCGUGAGACCUUGGCCCAGGACGUGGAUCGGGCAGCAACUACAGUGCAGAUGUCUUCUGCACGGGUGGUGCUGGUGAUUGCCUGGUACACAGAUGUGGAGGCACUGCUGCUGGAGCUUGCUCGCAGGAAUGUGACUGGUAGACAGUUCCUGGCCAGUGAGGCCUGGAGCACCAGCUCAUACCUGCUCAAUAACCCUGCCCUGAGAAAUAUCGGCAAUGGAGUGCUGGGAGUGGCCAUUAGGAGUGCACCCAUCCCAGGCCUAGAGGCACAUUUACGCCAGCUUCGUCCCUCCCGUCACCCACGAGACGCCCUUCUGAGAGAUCUUUGGAGGGAGGAGUUUGGUUGUAACCCUGACAGUGGCUCUAGCUCUGACUCCUCCUCCUUACCGCCCUGCAGUGGGACAGAGAGCCUGGAAGGGGUGCAAAGCACUUUCACAGAUACAACUCAUCUGCGGGUGACCUAUAAUGCAUAUUUAGCUGUGUAUGCUGCCGCACAUGCCUUUCACUCUCUGCUGUCAUGCAGUCCAAUAGAGAACACUGACAUGAACAGAAGCCAACAGUGUUCCUCUGACUACAAUAUCAGCCCAGCUAAGCUUUUGCAACACCUGAGUCAGGUGAACUUCACCACUCAGCUUGGGGAGAAUUUCCUCUUCCAUGGUGGGGACAUCCCAGCAGUGUAUGACCUUGUGAACUGGCAGGAAGCACCUAACGGUGUGCUGAAGUACAUCACAAUUGGACGUGUGGAGGGAUCCCAGCUACAUCUGGAAGAUUCUGCCAUCUGGUGGGCCACAGGAUCGCAAGUGCCAGGGUCUGUGUGCAGUGAGUCCUGCCCUCCUGGGACUCGAAAAGCAAACCGGAAGGGGGAGCCGAUCUGCUGCUUUGACUGCCUUCCUUGUGCAGACGGAGAGAUCAGCAACACAACUGAUUCUCUGACUUGUGAGGGCUGCCCUCUGGAGUUCUGGUCCAACAAUCGGAAGAACAUGUGUGUUCCUCUCACUGUGGAGUUUCUCUCUUUCAACGACACCAUGGGCAUCACUCUCACAACUGUUGCUGUGUCAGGUGCUGUGAUGACAGCGGCUGUAGCUGUUGUCUUUCUGUACAACAGACAUACACCCAUUGUGAAGGCCAACAACUCUGAGCUCAGCUUCCUGCUCCUGAUGUCACUCAAGCUGUGCUUCCUGUGUUCUUUGUUGUUCAUUGGUCAGCCAACAGACUGGUCAUGUCGCAUUCAACAGGCAGCGUUUGGGAUUAGUUUCGUCCUGUGCAUCUCCUGCAUCCUGGUCAAGACUAUAGUGGUUCUGGCCGUCUUUCGGUCAGCAAGACCUGGUUCAGACUCAAUGAUGAAGUGGUUUGGGCCGGGUCAACAAAGAGGCAGUGUAUUUCUCUUUACCUGUGUGCAAGUGGUUAUAUGUGUUGCAUGGCUAUCCCUAAGACCUCCUAUGCCUCACAGGAACAUUGGGCUUAAGGGGUCAAAGAUCAUUCUAGAAUGUACACUGGGAUCAGUGGAGGGGUUUGCUACAUUACUUGGCUACAUUGGUCUGCUGGCAGCCAUUUGCUUUUUGUUGGCAUUUUUUGCUAGGAAGCUUCCAGAUAAUUUCAAUGAGGCCAAGUUCAUAACCUUCAGCAUGCUCAUUUUCUGUGCUGUGUGGAUUGCUUUCGUUCCUGCUUAUGUGAGCUCACCAGGGAAGUAUGCCAUUGCUGUGGAGAUCUUCGCAAUUCUAUCAUCCAGUUUUGGCCUCCUCCUUUGCAUAUUUAUUCCAAAAUGUUUCAUAAUAUUAAUCCAACCACAUAAAAACACCAAGAAAUAUCUCAUGGGAAAGACUGACAAAAUACAGAAAUGAAUACAUUAUUUGCCGGAAGGCAUUUUCAUCCAUGGAAUGUUCACAUAAAACCCAUAUGUGCAUUAUUUUGUUUUCUUUUACAAAUAAUAAAAUAACAAUAUAAGAAAAGAACACAACACCCCACAAUGUAAUGUCCACAAUAAUACAUUUAUAAACUGUCCUUUGUAAAAACACUUGAUGUACUGUAUUUAUUUUAUUAUUUUUUUCUAUCUUAUGAUAUUUUAGAGAGUUUUUUACAUACAACCUUAAUUCAAAACACAAAAUCGUUAAUAAAACAUCAAAGUAUCAAUGUAGUUUCCCUUUCUAUCCAUCUUUUUUUGUUCAAGGAUAUGAUUAGCUAAUACAUGGACAUUUACGUGUGCAUGGUAAAAUUCAAC